UUGCAAGUAUUACAAAUGGCGAGUGAACUUUUGGCCAAAAUCGCGCAAAGAUAGAACAAGAAAAAAGGAAAAUAGAAAGAUGGAAACAGAAUUUUAUAACGACGUUCCUUGUUCUUCCAUCGCCGUCGAAUCCAUCAUUAGUGUCGGAACUGGGGGAUUAAUUUGGGGAUCAUGUGCUGGUUCCUAUGAUGCCAAAAAACUAGGGCUAACCGGCAUUGAUCGCGCUUCUUUCGUGGCCAAGACCGUUGGUAAAUAUGGAUUCCAAUGUGGACUCUUUGCCGGAAUUUUUUCAUUCACACGAUGUGGGGUUCAAAGAUACCGCAAAAAGAGUGACUGGGUGAAUGCGCUAGUUGCAGGUGGAGUUGCAGGGGCGGCCAUUGGUGCUGGAACCCGGAACUGGAAGCAGGUUGCUGUAAUGACUGCUUUUCUUUCUGGAUUUUGUGCAAUUGCUGACCAAUCAAGUGCAAUCUAAACCAUCUUGUUUUACUUUAGAUGAGCUAAUUUAGAAAUAUGAGCUAUGCUUUGAACCAUUUGCAGAAUUAAUACCAGUCCAUAUUCAAAUUUAUAAGCCAAUAUCUUUGUUUGUUUGCUUUUCUAAUUUUCCAUCAAUAUGAUAUAUAAUAUUUCAUAUCGUCUAUCUUUUGUA